UUUUACGUUAUCGGUCGUAAUAGAUUUAAAGAAUUAUAUUCACUCAAUUAUCUUUAAACAUGUUCUUUAUGUAGAGUACAAGUAACUGCACUCGCGUAUCUAACUUUGAUUCUUAAUUGGUUUUAGUUUCGAAUUCACUUAGUCCAAAUGGAUAACAAAAACAAAGAUUCGAAGUUGUUUUUGUUUGCAUUGAUUUUAUAUUGUUCCCUGUUGUGCGUUACAUGCCAGCAUGCCCGAUGCCCACCUCCUGAAGAUGUGUUUCCGUGCCACUGCAGAAAUGUCUCUUACUAUGGCCAUAUCGGCUGUCGUCAUUUGAAUUCGGAAGAAAAAAUUACUGUAAUUCUGAACCGCGUAAAUCAGUAUAGAAUUGGAGAGUUUUCUUUAAAAGAAUCUGAGCUGAAAUACGUUCCUAAAUCAGUAUUCAAUUAUGGAUUCCGAAUACUAGAAAUUUCGUUUAAUGCUUUCGAGAGGCUAUUUGAAGAGAUACCUGCUGAGCCAAAAGUACAAGUACUUUGGAUGGAACAGGUCCGAUUGCAGGGGAGUUGGGACUGGAGACAGUUUUCAGCUCUCAAAGACUUAUUAACAUUACGUUUGAAAAGAAUUUCUCUAGAGAGUCUGACACAUUUUAAAGAGGUCACCAAGAGCUUGCAACAUAUUGUCUUUGAAGACUGUAACUUGAGAAAUCUUAACUAUGACGAGUUUCAGCAUUUUCCAAACCUGCAGAUGGUUGAUGUUCAAAAAAAUUCUCUCACUGUUUUGAAAAGAAGCAUGUUUCCAAAGCCAUCUAAACUUAACUUUAUGGUAUUUAACGACAAUUUCAUAUCGACGAUUCCUGAAGACUUGUUUGUGGAAAUGCCCUAUUUGCGUCACAUUAACUUCAGCAACAACAGAUUGACUGUUUUGUCAGAAAAUAUUUUUUUGCCUGUCAUAAGACAAAAGUUUCUUCUAGAUGGAAACCCAUUGAUUUGUGAUUGCAGAAUGGCCUGGAUCUUGGGUACAAAAAGAGGCUGGGUAGCAGGGUCAUGUGCCAGUCCCAGAGAUAUGCAAGGGAGAGAGUUGAGUGAAUUGAAUGACGAAGAUUUUACUGAAUGUUUAGCAUAUGCAUACAUGCACAAGGAAAAUGAAUAUUAAAAAAUGCUUCAAAACUUAA